UAAUUCUGAGCUAUAAAUCUAUUUUAAAGGUGACGACGAAUUCGUUUGUAUCAAAUAUAAUGUUAUUUCGAUGCCUUUCGAGUGCUCGUGCUUUUCUCAGCAUGAUAAAUGCUGAAACGUGUAUACAAUGUAGUAAAAAUAAAAUUAUCACGUCAAAUCGACCAACACGUCGACUAUUCGCGACGAACGUGCAGUAUCCUACUAUCGGUGAAAUUAUCGAACAAUGGACUAAACAGUUUGAUAACGAAGGUAUUCCAGAACCUGUAGAAUCAAUCGAACACAUUGUUGCACACGUGAUAGGCACUAACAAGAUACUAGAUCUUGUAAACUCACGAGAUAAACGACUUACGUCAGAUCAAUACAGUAAAUUGGAAUCAUUGUGCGAAUGUCGAUUAUCUAGAAUGCCGGUUCAGUACAUAAUACAGGAAUGGGAUUUUCGGGAUAUCACGUUGAAAUUAAUCCCGCCUGUUUUCAUUCCGCGGCCAGAAACUGAAAUGUUAGUUCAUUACAUUUUAAAAGCAUUAAACUCUUCUGAAAGUAAAAGUCAUGAAAUUUUAGAAAUUGGAUGUGGUUCUGGAGCAAUAUCUCUUGCGAUUGCACAUACUAAUAAAACAGUCAAUUGUAUAGCGAUCGAUUCAAACUUAGGAGCAUGCGAAUUGACUAAAGAAAAUCGAGAUAGAUUAGAUUUGAAAGAUCAAGUCGCAGUUGUACAUGCAACUCUUAAUGACGAUGGAUCAAUCGCACUUGCGAGCAUAUUAAGUGGACCUAAAGAUCUUGAUUUAAGUUCGAAAACUUUUAACUUUAUAGUUAGUAAUCCACCUUAUAUACCGACUAAGCAAAUAGCUGCAUUACCUCCGGAAAUUAAAAUUUACGAAGAUUUAAGGGCCCUUGAUGGAGGAGAGGAUGGCUUAAAGAUCAUUAAACCUUUACUAAAGUAUGCUGCUACAGCUUUAAAACCGGGUGGACGUUUGCUUUUAGAAGUCAAUACAACUCAUCCCGAAUAUAUACAAUUUUUCACUAAAAAAUAUCCUGUACUUAAACUUCAAUAUGAACAUACGUAUAAAGAUUUUUGUAAUAACGAUCGAUUUGUUGAAGUAUUAAAAUUAUCGUAA